GUCCCUGUACAAAAUCUCAGCGUAAAUUUAGCAGUUACAAAGAAGAAGAAUAAGAAAGAAAUGGGCGAGAAAUUGAGAAAAAAUCCGCUAUUCUUGCAGCAGCAAAUCUCGGGCCGUUUCGGAAUUCGGUGAAGAUGGCAAUUUUUUUUUUCGUUGAUGGGUCUCUUUCUUCAGACGAAACUUGAGAUGGGCUCUUUUUGUUUCACUUUCUAGUGCUCUGAAUUCAAUAAAGUUGGAGGAAAACCUUGUCCUUUGGAAGAAAUAUAUUCAAGGCUCUGGAUAGUAUUGCUUCAAAAUAUAGUAGUAAUCAUGGGUUCUGUGAUCUGCUAAUUUUCAUCAUUCAGUAGUCAUAAGUUGUACUCAAUGGGCGAGGAAGAGAUGAAGGUCGUCAAGGAAGAGGUAAAGAAGGUUAUUCUCUCUGAUACAACCAAGAGCGGAGGAGCAGGGAGAAGAAACUCAACAGGAAAAGCAAAUAACAAAACUUCACCAUCUCUUUUAAGCAGCGAUGAGAAGAUUCCACCGCAUUGUCUCCGAGCUUCUACUAGCUCUUGUCAUGAUUUCUGCAAGUAUGGAAGAAAGCAUGUUUUUGAAGCUAAGAAAAGGAAUGCAAAUUUCCAAUUUUCGGACAGUAGCAAGAUCCAAGAUAAAGAAGAAAAGCCAGAAGUUUUAACUCUUCAAGGGAGGAGGAAGAGACCAGAAACGAAGGUGAAGUCUACUAAGCCUGAAGGGGUCAAGCUUUCAGAUACAAAUGCAGUUAUAGAAAUAAAAUCAUUUGAUCAACCGGAAAGCUUGAAGCAUGAGAAUCCGCUACCCUCGCAAGGACACGUCGAAUCUCUGGAGCUAUCACUUUCCAUUGAAAGUGAGGUAUCAUCUGAAACUGCGAGGGAUGAGAGUUCACCUCCCACUGAGAAAAGGGUCGUCUCUCACGAGCCUACUAUACCUUUCUCUUUGUCAGAAAAAUCAUUAAAUGGGUCUAAGAGCAUUGAGCUAGACUCAUCAUCACCCAUUAACAGACCUAAGGAUCAAGGAUCAUCCGAGGAGCCAAAGGCUCCAUCUCCCACUCAGAAAAGCUUAAAGGCUCAGAUCCUACCGUCCACCAGGAAGAGCGCUGCUGCUGCUAAGGUUCAAGCUUCUGAAAAAGAUUUAAGCAUGAAGCCGAGGACUAAGGGAGGAAAUUCGAUGAACAAUUUGAAGGCUUUUGGCAAAGAGAGAGAGAUGAAGACAAGCCCUCCAUUGAAAACUGAGAUCUCUGUCGAAACUAAGGUAAACAGAGAAAGGAAGACUGAUUUAACCGAGCAAAAAGUUGUCGAGCAGAAGAAAGUGAUCAAGCCGGUGUCACCCAAAGUUACCAGGCAACAGGUUUCAUCAACUACUAAGAGGAUUGACACACCAGUGAUGAAAUCUGCCCCCAUACUUAUUUCGUCAAAAAGAGUAUCUGCUCUAAGAAAUAUAGGGAACAAGUUAAUGAAGAGCAUAGACCUUUCAAAGCCAAGAGCAAAGCCAGCAGCAAUGCCAUCAAGAGCUCCUCUUUCCAAAAAAACCGAAGAGAAAGUGAAAGAGAAGACAUUGUACGUUCUCGAACCUACAACAUCGAAGACAGGUGCCCCUAAAAAGAAAGAACUGAAGAAAAUAAGAGCACAACCUUCGUCAGGUUCUCCCAAAUACAAAGAGAAGAGGAUAACAAGCAAGACCUCGCCUUCAACUGUCUCCUCUAAAGUCAAAUCCCCUUCACCCCAUACAUUAAAGUUCCAAAGAGGUAAGAUAAUCAGCCCAAUGCCUGAAAAUAAUUCCCCUUGGAAACUAAAAUUUAGACCGGCGAAAGGGAUAAUUUUGAACAAUGAGGCAGCGAGGAGAAGUUUUAGGAGGAGGAGAGGGUCCUUUGGUUCGGCCUCAGAGCUGAGUACUCCGAGGUUGAAAGGUCCUAGUGUUGUUUUGAGACAUCAAGAUGUGAAGGAGAAGAAAGGAACUCAAGGUUUGUUCAAUCAUGUUAUCGAAGAGACGGCAAAUAAGCUUGUGGAGGCUAAGAAGAGCAAGGUGAAGGCUUUGGUUGGUGCCUUUGAGACUGUCAUCUCUCUUCAAGAAGGCCGAGUGAAGUAGCAUUUAUAGUUCUUUUUAUAUCGGAGAGUAUAAACAAAGAGUGCUGAGACUUAAAAUUGGAGGUUUGGAACCGCACAUAUUUGUCAUGGUAUUCAUCUGUUUUCUCUCAUUAAGAGUCCGUGUUUAAUAGAAAGUUCAUACAUGUUUGAUCCUCGAUAUUUAUAAUUCCAGUGCAUCGUUUGGCGCACAACCAGUUAUCCUUUUUUUUUAAACUGUAAAUUGUAAGAAAAAUAUCAAGCGGCAAGCUUGCUUAAAUCGAACUGGUGAUGUUCCAGCGA